ACAAACUCCCACCCCUUAAAUAAUAAGAAAAAUAGGAGCUGUCUGCAGGUGUUGCAAUUUGUAUUAAAUUCGUCGCGAAAACUACAGCUUUAACUUAGUUUACUUGUAAAAUAACGUUUGUCAGGCGAAAUGGCACAAAUGGACAUCGAGUUAAAAAAGGCCUUUACCGAGAUGCAGAUUAAUAAGCUGGACACCACAAAGAGGAUCAACAUGAUUAACAUGAAGUGCGAGAUGCUUAAGACUGGCAAACACAAGUACCAGCUGACGGAGAAGAGUACUAGCAAACUCGACGACGAUUCGAGGGUUUAUCAGUCUGUAGGUCGAAUGUUUCUGCUGACCGAUGUGCAGAAUAUGCGGGAAGACCUGAAGGCCAAACAGGAAAAGUGCGACAAGGCGAUAGAACUGCUGGAGAAGAAAAAGGAGUUCCUGCAGAAGUCUCUAAAGGAUCAGGAGGACGGUCUGCGCGAGCUGGUGCAGCAGCGCAAGGAGGCCGACCUAACUGCGAAAUAGACUCGACCAUAGAAUUCAUCCCUCAACUUAUUUAUUUUCAAUAUACUCGUCUAAAUUGAA